AUGCCCCACAUCCCAGCCAACAGCAGGAGUCGGCUGCCUGUCUCCCCACCCACCGAGGACAGCCUGUCCCCAUACAGCGAAACUCCGGGACCGCAAGAACGCUGCGGGCCGGGGUGCAGCCGCCCAGCCCGCCCCCCGCGCCACGGAGGCGACGGUCCUCCGGCGCCCAGAGCGUCCCGGAAGUGCACGCGGGAGGGCGGGGCGGGCGCAGGCGCACUUCCGGCCGUCGCGCGGGCGGCCGCCUCCCGCUCGGAAGGUCCCAGGUGUGCAUACCUUCAGCAGGCCUUGGGGAAGAUGGCGACCCUGGGGGACGGUCAGGAGCCCCCUCGUGUCCCGCCCCCUGUCAAUCUUGCAUCACCAGGGACACCUGGAGCCCACCGCCGCGAGGCCCGGCUUCACCUCCACGGUCAUCAACACGACUCCCUGGGCUGCAGCCCUGAGGUGCUCUCCCGGCCGCCGCGGGAGGAGGAGGAGGAGGAGGAGCUGGAUCUCCGAGAUGAGGAGGAGGAGGAGGUCCGGAUCGGCAGAGAGGCUUGCUGGCCGGAUCUGGAGCCAGAGCCGGCUCCCUCAUCCCCCCACCCCCGCGACCCUGAAGAGGAGGUGGACCGGGACAGGGGGCCCCUGAGGACCCUUCUGAGAAGCCUUCCCCGUAGACCCAAGUGUGGGGACAGCUUUGGGCCGGAGUCCAGCGCGGAGCGGCCCACAGGCCAGCCGCCGGCGACCGCGCCCUGCCCCCCGAAGAGGGGCGCCUGGCGCGGGCCGCCGCUGCCACAGGGAGCCUCUGGGCCCCGGGGGGACCCCGCGCGGCCCGGGAAGCCGCACAGGUGCGAGGCCUGCGGCAAGAGCUUCCAGUACAAGUCGCUGCUGCUCAAGCACCAGCGCAUCCACACGGGCGAGAAGCCGUACGCCUGCCACGAGUGCGGCAAGCGCUUCCGCGGCUGGUCCGGCUUCAUCCAGCACCACCGCCUGCACACGGGCGAGAAGCCGUACGAGUGCGGCCAGUGCGGCCGCGCCUUCAGCCACAGCUCGCACUUCACGCAGCACCUGCGCAUCCACAACGGCGAGAAGCCCUACAAGUGCGGCGAGUGCGGCCAGGCCUUCAGCCAGAGCUCCAACCUGGUGCGCCACCAGCGGCUGCACACGGGCGAGAAGCCGUACGCCUGCAGCCAGUGCGGCAAGGCCUUCGUCUGGAGCUCCGUGCUCAUCGAGCACCAGCGCAUCCACACCGGCGAGAAGCCGUACGAGUGCCCCGACUGCGGCAAGGCCUUCCGCGGCCGCUCGCACUUCUUCCGGCACCUGCGGACGCACACGGGCGAGAAGCCGUUCGCCUGCGGCGCCUGCGGCAAGGCCUUCGGCCAGAGCUCGCAGCUCAUCCAGCACCAGCGGGUGCACUACCGGGAGUAGCGGCGCGGGAGGCGGCCUGCGUGCUGCGGGGGCCCAGCGGGUCAGCGACCCGCACGGAGGGGGAGGGUCGGAGAGAGGCCUCCCGCCUCUUGCCCCCCCCCCCCCCCCCCCCCGUCCCGCUGGGCACAGCCGGCACCGCGGGCCAGGUGCCCCAAAUAAAUCCUUUUUGGUUGAUUGAUUGAAA